CACACACAGACACACACACACAUACACACAAAUACCAUAAGCACAACCCUGUGGUUUCAAGAGACAGAGUUUGCAAGAGGAAGAGAGUGAAUGUAUAAGAGAAGCAGAACAACAAAGAACCUAAAUCCAAAACAAAGUGAAUGAAAAGAAAGAGGAUAAACUGCUUCGAUUGAGGAACUGUUGAACUAUACCUCCAUCUGAAACAUGCAGCAGAAGCAGUGGGUGUGUGUGGCUGUUCUGGCUCUCUUGCUUGUUACUGAUGUGCUGGCAGAAGUUGGGAAGGCAGAGAAACAAGGUAAAAAAGAACGUAAAUCAGGAUGUGGAGACUGGCAAUGGAGUGUGUGUGUGGCACACGAAGGUGACUGCGGUUUGGGCACUAGAGAAGGAACCCGUACUGGUGCUGCCUGCAAGCAGAAAAUCAAAACGCAGCGUUGCAAGAUUCCCUGCAACUGGAAGAAGCAGUUUGGAGGUGAAUGCAAGUAUGAGUUCCAGUUAUGGGGUGAGUGUGAUUCAAUCACAGGGGUGAAGACCCGGACUGGUACCCUGAAACGGGCUCUCCCGGAUGCUAACUGCCCCCUCACUGUCUCUGCCACCAAACGUUGUGGCAAGACCAAAGCCAAGCUACAGGGCUCAGAGAAGCUGAAGCGAGGCGGGAAGAAGAAAGAGCAAGCCCCAUUGGACUAGAGGUGAAAAAAGAAAUAAGAGUCACCAUUUCCCUGCAUUUUCUGCUCUGAGAUGGAAGAGACAUGGGUGGCAGUAGUAACACAUGGAUGGACGGACAUCAGAAAAUUUUCCUCCCUUCAUUUUUUUUCCUUAGAACUGUAGAGGUUUGAAUAGAAAUCUAUAACAGUGAAUAAAACUUACUAAAUCAUCUACUCAGCUUGUUCUACUGGCUGGUUGUUUUGCUUCUUUCCAGAAUUAAAUGUUUGAAAUGAGUUGAAUGAUCUGCCAAUAGAACAAAACAAUUCCAAGCUUGAAAUGAGUAGGAUUUCACAAGAAUAUCUAGAAAUAAGCUUAAUAAUCUUAUUUUAGUUUAAUAAAGAGCAAUAUUCUUUAAAUUCAAGACAUUUUCUUUCUUUCUGCAACUGAAUCUGCAGUGCAACAACUAGAUCUUUGCAAAAAAAACCCAACAAAAAACAAAUAUGAGAAACCUAUAUCUAGACUUUUUUGUUUUUACUCAUUUCAAGCCUUGUUCAUUUGGCAAAUAAAUUAGCUGCUUUCUGUUUAUAAAUGAUCUUCCAAUAGAACAAGACUAUUUCAAGCUUUCAUUAGUAAAACAAAAGUACAGAGAAAUAGGUUUAAUAAUCUUAUAGGAAUUCUAGAUAAAUCCAACUAUAUUCUAGAUAUUUUCACUUGCUAAGAUGUUUUCUUUGUGGUGUUCAAAUGUGCAUCUAUCUAUCUAUCUAUCUAUCUAUCUAUCUAUCUAUCUAUCUAUCUAUCUAUCUAUCUAUCUAUCUAUCUAUCUAUCUAUCUAUCUAUCUAUCUAUCUAUCUAUCUAUCUAUCUAUCUAUCUAUCUAUCUAUUACUGGCCCUUCUUACUCAGCUCCACAUGAAAUAAAGUCACCUACAAUCCACCAUUCUGCACCGUCUUCCCAGAUGCUACUGAAGGAGGAAGUGUUUAUAUCCAACAAAUAAAAAAAAUCA